AUGUGCGACAACGAGGAGCCCCUUGCCGGCUGCGAUCUCACAGAGGUCGCCUCGCAGUACGAGUCCGGCGCUUGCUGCCGCUCGGACGUCGACUUUGGACACGGCUUCGGAUGCUUUGUGCCGAUCCUGAUGAUGCUUCUCUUCUCCGUCCUCUCGCGGAACCCGCCCCUGUCGAUGGGGACCGCCAUAUGGAUCGGCUGGUGUAUCAAGGCGCUACCCAUCCACCGCCACAUAUUCUCACCGCCGCGCCUCAUCGCCGGGCCGCCGCCGCUUGAACAGGAGGGCAACGCGUGGGCAGGCUUCCGCGGCUUCUUCGACACGGCGCUCAGCGCCGCCAUCGACGGAUACUCCGCAAUCUUCGUCUUCGUCUUCCUGAUGCAAAUGAUCGUUGGCGCGGGCCACCGCUCCGGCGGCUUCCAGGCGCCGCCGACCGCCUGCCCUCUCCCUCUCCCCGCGCUGGCUGACCUCAUGGCCAAGGGCAUCAAGGACUCGUUCACCUGCCAGUUCUUCACGUGGCUCUUUGGCUUCGUCAUCUUUUUCGACGAUUGCCGUGACUGGGGGCCGAUGUACACCGCCGAGCUGAAGGCGCGCACCGAGGGCUGGGACGAGGACAAGCUGGCCGCGGAAGGCGCCGCGUCGGACGCGAUCCAGCCCGUCAGGGAAAAGGCCGGCAUCCCCAAGGGCCGCUGGUGGAACGGGCUCAUCGUGCCCGUGCUCUUCCUGUCCACCAUCCUCCCCUUCCUCGCCUACAGCGGCGCCGACGUCGUCGCACGAGCUCUCCCAGAUCGAAGACGCCCUGGCACUGACGACGCCCCCAUACACGGCGGCGACCGCAACAACCGUCUUCAUCGAGUCGGCCGUGACUGGGGGCCGAUGUACACCGCCGAGCUGAAGGCGCGCACCGAGGGCUGGGACGAGGACAAGCUGGCCGCGGAAGGCGCCGCGUCGGACGCGAUCCAGCCCGUCAGGGAAAAGGCCGGCAUCCCCAAGGGCCGCUGGUGGAACGGGCUCAUCGUGCCCGUGCUCUUCCUGUCCACCAUCCUCCCCUUCCUCGCCUACAGCGGCGCCGACGUCGUCGCGUGGGGCGGCAUCGGCUGGGACAAUGCGCGCGGCGCACCUCUAAUCUGCUCACAGCCCCCCCCCCCCCCCGCGAAGAAGAUGAUCGUCUGGAUCCUCAUCUUCGCAAAGGCCAUCGCCACCAUCUCCAAGGACCUGGGGAUGCCGGACUACCUCGGCUGCGCCCUCAAGGGGACAGACCCCGCCGUCGUCCCUUGCGUGACCUUUGUGCUGGCCUGCCUCUGCUCGCUCGGCACCGGCACUUCCUGGGGCACCAUGGCCGUCAUGUUCCCGAUCUCGCUCCCGCUGGCCAUCAACUUGUGCCGCGACGAGGGCAUCGAGGACGGGAGUGACGAGGGGCUCAACAUCCUCUACACCACCUCCGCCGCCGUGCUGGGCGGCUCGGCUUGCCAGUGCAGCGUCUACGACCACUUCAAGACCCAGAUCCCGUACGCGAUGUUCUGCGGCCUCAGCGCGCUCCUCCUGGGCUUCCUGCCCACCGCCUACGGAAUCAUCGAGCACGAGACGUCUGUUCUCGUCCCCACGCGACCGGAGCGCGGCGCUGUUCCGACGUACUCGCCGACGCGCGGCGAGAUCGGGACCGGCAUCUGGGGCAUCAAGGCGUCCGUCAUGUCCUACGGCAAGAAGGCCCCGGGUACCAAGACAGAGGCCGCGUGA